CAUUGAUCUUCGCUGCUCUAAUUCGCAUUCAGUACCUUUUUGGUUGCUCGACAUAAGACAGGACGAAACGUAACCCGUGGACAAGAUGUCUUCUGGCGCAGGGAGAGAGGCCGUCUUCCCCACGCGGCAGGCGUUGGGUCAAAUGAAUGCGAAGUUGAAGGGCGCUCAGACCGGCCACAGCUUGCUGAAGAGGAAAAGCGAGGCUUUGACAAAGCGGUUUCGAGAAAUCCUGAAGAGAAUCGACGAGGCGAAACGGAAAAUGGGACGAGUCAUGCAGAUUGCUGCGUUCUCGCUUGCUGAGGUAUCAUACGCAGUCGGCGGGGACAUUGGCUACCAGAUCCAAGAGUCAGUCAAGACAGCCCGGUUCAGGAUCAAGACUAGGCAAGAGAACGUGUCGGGUGUGUUUCUGCCCCAGUUUGAAGGGUACACAAAGGACGAGAUCAAUGAUUUCGGCUUGACGGGGUUGGGCAAGGGAGGCCAGCAGGUGCAGAGGUGUCGAGAGACCUACACCCGAGCGGUCGAGACACUGGUUGAGCUUGCGAGCUUGCAGACGGCAUUCAUGAUUCUGGAUGAGGUCAUCAAGGUUGUGAACCGAAGAGUCAACGCCAUUGAACAUGUCAUCAUCCCUCGAACUGAGAACACUAUAAAAUAUAUCAACUCCGAGCUUGACGAGCUUGACCGAGAAGAAUUCUACAGACUGAAGAAGGUGUCGGGAAAGAAACAACGCGAUCAAGCCGCCGCAGACGCCGACAUGAAGCGAAAGAGGGAAGCAGAAAAGGGCAAACCAGAACAGGAAGAUGGUGCCCAGCCGCAGGAUGUGCUGGGCGAGCAUGAGGAUGAGGAUGUCAUUUUCUGAUUUGACAACAGGGUGUGAGAAGGCCCUGUGGGAUGUUGUAUGCUUUUAUCCUCAACGCCGGCCAAUCCAUGCAUGGGUAUCAAGUACAAUAGCUGGCAGCAGCGCAGUUGCCUGAACCAUAUCAUAACGUUUUCCCUGCC